GAUUUUAAUUUGACACUCAACUGUGUAAACGUUAACAUAGUUCAAAAUAAGAAGAAUGAAUGAGUUUGAAGUUGAUUGGAUUGUGGGACAAUCCAUCAUGCAAUUGUGGUUAAUCUUUAAAUCCGAUUAGGGAAAAACAAAGAGCCAUCUUGGUGCCGUCGUUCAGUAUCUAAUCCGGUAACCAAAGUUGAAAAUAUACCAAACAAUCUGACAACAGGCAACACAACAAUUGCCUCAAGCAGUGGACUGUCUAUCAACAUUAAUAGUAACACUGUUAAUUCUGUCAACCUCAAUGUUUCCAGAAAUAGUUGAAUGAAAAUAGUACCCUAACCAGUAUCUUCAGUGUAAUCUUCACCAUCAACCCUAUCCUCAUCAUCUUCAUUACCGACAAGCUCAUCUACAUGAAUUCAGUCUCUAGCGGAUAUUCAAGUGAUAACUUUUACGAGUCAAUCAAUGUUAACCAAAUAUCUUGCUACUUCAAAUAGUGUUUCCAACUUGUGUUAAUUCAACAUCAACCGCCUAUACUGAUCAUCCUCACAGCCUUCCUUCAUUACCAUCCUCACCAGUCUAACCAUUGGCAUCACCAUACACCUCUAAAUCAUCAUCUUUCCAUCCCUCCAAUCAAGAAGAGAGAGAUGGAAAUGGGAGGAGGAAAAACGAAGAGGGUGGCGAUAAUGGUUAUUGAAUAAAGGUAGGGAAUGAGAUGAGGAAUGGAAGUGACCAGAGACCACCAGGGGUAAGAGGACAAUCGAUUGGGAGUGAUCAAGAUGAGAACAGAUAAUCUUUACAAAAAUAUCUUCGCUCUUUUUUUGGUUGCGAUAACUAAAUGAGGAAUAAUAUUCACUAAAGUCACUUUACAUUGACUUGUAAUAAAUGUAAACACGCAAGGAAUUAUUAUAAUACAUUUUACUUUCAACUUGUUUUUUCAUAAUCUUACUGUAUUACAUAAUCUUUUACCAUGUUCAACGGAUAUCCUUAUCCAGACAAAAUAAUGGAGGAUAUUUAUCCUGGCCAAGGACGGCGUAAUCAACUUGGUGGUGUUUUCAUCAAUGGACGACCCUUGCCAAAUCAUGUGCGUCUUAAAAUUGUUGAAAUGGCCGCUUCAGGAGUUCGUCCCUGUGUUAUCUCGCGAAAAUUGAGAGUCUCUCAUGGCUGUGUAUCCAAGAUAUUGAAUAGAUACCAGGAAACGGGUUCAAUCAGACCUGGUGUCAUUGGCGGUUCAAAACCUAGAGUUGCUACACCAGAAGUUGAGAAAAAGAUUGAAGAGUAUAAAAGAGACAAUCCAGGAAUCUUUGCCUGGGAAAUCAGGGAUAGACUGUGUAAAGAAGGCAUUUGUGACAAAAAUACAGCUCCAAGCAUCAGUUCAAUAACAAGGCUAUUACGGACAUCAAAACAAUCAAAUGGAUAUAGAAGUGGAAGUGACGGUGAAUGUUCAAUGACCGAUGGACAUGAUAUAAGGAAAGAUCACAGUAUUGCUGGAAUCCUUGGAGGCCGAAGUGGCGAUGAAUCCGAUUGUGACUCUGAACCUGGGAUCCCAUUGAAACGUAAACAACGACGAUCUCGAACCACCUUUACUGCUGAACAAUUGGAAGAAUUGGAAAAGGCUUUUGAAAGAAGUCAAUAUCCUGACGUGUUUACACGUGAAGAGUUGGCUCAAAUGACAAGACUUUCAGAGGCUCGAGUUCAGGUUUGGUUCAGCAACCGUAGAGCUCGCUGGAGGAAACAGGCUGGCCAUACCCAACAGCAUGUUCAUCCGUCAACACCGAUCAAUGGUACAUCAUCAAACCAUGGAGUCACUUCUUUACCCUCUGGCUCAUAUAGUCCACCUAAUUUCACCUCUCCUUAUUCAGAAUCUUACUCAAGUUAUAAUGAGCCAUCUUGGUGCCGUCGUUCAGUAUCUAAUCCGGUGGCCAAAGUUGAAAAUAUACCAAACAAUCUGACAACAGGCAACACAACAAUUGCCUCAAGCAGUGGACUGUCUAUCAACAUUAAUAGUAACACUGUUAAUUCUGUCAACAACAACAAUAAUAAUGGGACAAGUAACAACGGUAACAAUAACAUCAAUGUUUCCAGGAAUAGUUCAAAUAGAAUCAACGGUAAUAGUACAAAUUCAAUCAGCGGUUCAUCAUCAGUAUCAUCACUGUCCUCAUCAUCUCCAUUAACAACGACAACCAAUUCAACAGGAAUUUCAGUAUCCAGUGGAUAUUCAAGUGACAAUUUUACGAGUCAAUCAAUGUUUACCAAUUUUCUUGCCUCAUCGAAUAGUGUAUCUACUUGUGUUAAUCCAGUUUCAACCGAUUAUUCUCAUCACCCUCAUCAUCCUCACCACCAUCCUCACCAUCUUAACCAUCCACAUCACCAUACAUCUUUAAAUCAUCAUUCUUUAAAUCCAUCCAAUCAAUUAGCAAAUGAAACAACAAUCGCAUCAUCCUGGAAUCCAUCCGUUUUCAGUACGACAACUCGUCAUGACAAUAAUGUACAUUCAGCUCCUUCAUGGACACAUUCCCCUUUCCAAUCAUCAAAUCCAACCCACGAACCAUUCAGUGUACCCAAUGAUACAUUUAUAAAUUCAUCCUAUGGUAACAUGCACGGAGGACAUGAGUUGAGUAAAACUGGUUUCGCAUAUGGAUCAACACAAUUACCCAGCUGUAAUGUUCAACAUCCAUUUCGACUGCCGGUUUGAUUGAAUUGGAGGCCUUCAAGUUACCGUUUUUUUUCAUCCCAAUACACCAAACCAGGAUUAGAAGUAAACUGUGAACAGUUUUUCGGAUCAAAGGGACGAUAAUAGAUUAAUUGUUGCUCACAGUCGUUGUCAAUCAAUUUCUCAUCUAUUUUCAAAGCCUUUUCAAGUGAAAAGAAAACUAAUAUCAUGUAGAACAUGAAAUGUGAAGCUUCAGCUCAUAGUAUUUUCAAGUUUCUCAAGACCUGUGAUUAAAAAUGAUAAAGGUGAUAAUAUAUUUUCAGUAGGACAGAAUAGGAUGAGUAAAAGAUAUAGUAAUGUUAAUUAUUGAAAGUCCAAGUGGAGUUCAGUUUAAAUUAACCUCCAAGUUGAGGUAAAAUUGUAAACACGCUCAAAACCGCCGCCUUCCAACAAUUUGUUCAUUUACUCUGGUUUCUCUGAUUCUUAAUACUCACUCAUUUUGCUUGUCAAAUGUAAAAUGUUUCAGUUAGUAUUUGAAUCGCAAAAGAGCCAGUCCUUCAAUUUUUAAUUCUCAGUAAUCAUAAUUAGCUUUGCUUUUUCACUUUUGAUGAAUAUUUUGUCAUGAAUUUAUACUUCAAUCCAUUAUAACUUUAUAAAUAUAUAUAUGAUAUGUAAUAUCAUUUCCAUCAA